UGGAAGGCUCUGUCCGGCGCUCACGCAUUCAACGUGCGUAACCAGACAAUUCACGCACGCACACACGCGCCCCCGUCGUCUUGUUCUCCUGUUGUCCCUUUAAAAAUCCGAAUCCAAGGCCAAUGAUUUAUCAAACUCCUAUUAUCAAGAAAAUGUCACAGGAAGGGCACCUUGCUCUGCACUGACGCAAACCCCACUCUUUCCCACGGAGCUAUAGAAAAGCUUUGCAGUUGGUACUUUGCGGAGCUACAACCAGUCCGCUUCUAGUCGUCUCCUCAUCGGGUUUUUUUUCUUUACAGCUGUUUCCAGCCUGCUGGCAGAGCUCUGCAAAAAAUGGAUCUGUCUGACCACAGAGACAUGGCCAAACAACCGGCCAGCGCUCCCACCGGCUACAUCCCUGCGCAGCAGUCCGACGGAGCCGCGGGACUUACAGGAAACAAACCGGACAACACGGCAGCGUGCCCGCCGUCCACUCCUCGCCAUCACCCGGCGCCUCAGCCGCCGCCUCCUUGUAACGAGCGCAACACUUUUUGUCCCGCGGAAAAUAAACCGGGGGAACCGGACAGCAAUAAAGAAUACGGGACGUUUAAAAACACCCCGCCGGCCGUCCCCGGAUCCGUUGCCGUUAAUUCGGCCUUGAGGAAGGAUUCCAUCGGUUCGGCCCGCGGGGGGUCCGCCCAGUACGGCGACCCGCUCCGGGCCACCGCUGAGCAGAACAACACCGCAGGCAACUGGACGUCUAUGAGCCAGACCACCAUCAUACUGGGAACAGAUGGGAACACGUCUGUUCAGCCUGGAACCGUGGCGGGGGUUAACGAAGAUGAUGACGAAGGGGGAGAUGAGAAUAAGGCCAGAGGAAACUGGUCUAAUAAACUGGAUUUUAUUCUGUCCAUGGUUGGCUAUGCAGUGGGACUGGGAAACGUGUGGAGGUUUCCUUAUCUUGCCUUCCAAAACGGGGGAGGAGCUUUUUUGAUCCCCUACCUGACCAUGCUGGGCAUCGCUGGGAUCCCAAUCUUUUUGUUGGAGGUUUCCCUCGGCCAGUUUGCAAGCCAAGGGCCAGUGUCAGUGUGGAAAUGCAUCCCCGCUCUGCAAGGUUGCGGGAUUGCCAUGUUGAUAAUAUCUGUCUUGAUAGCCAUAUACUAUAAUAUUAUAAUGUGCUGGACACUGUACUACCUGUUCGCUUCGUUGAAGGGCUCACUGCCAUGGGCUAACUGUAGGAAUGAGUGGAACACGGUGGAAUGUAAGGACAAAGACAUGCUGCUGUUAGACUCAUGCAUCCUGCGGGACAGAAACAUCACGUCCAUCAAGAACUCCACUUUCUGCACGUUGGCAAACACAGCGGGAAACCUGACAAAGCUGCUAAACAUGAGUAUGGAUGGAAACAAGACAUAUGUCAGCCCCAGCGAGGAAUACUUCAAGUACAAUGUGCUGCACAUUUCCAAAGGGAUUGAAUAUCCAGGAGACAUCCGCUGGCCUCUGGCCGGCUGUCUCUUCUUGGCCUGGCUCAUUGUCUACGCCUCUUUAGCCAAAGGAAUCAAGUCAUCGGGAAAGGUGGUGUAUUUCACCGCCACGUUCCCUUACGUGGUGCUCGUCAUCCUCCUGAUCAGAGGAGUGACCCUCCCCGGUGCGGCUGACGGCAUCCUCUACUUUAUCACACCAAAAUGGGAGAAACUAAAUGAUGCAAAGGUGUGGAAAGACGCUGCCACUCAGAUCUUCUUCUCCCUGUCGGCUGCUUGGGGCGGCCUCAUCACGCUGUCUUCUUACAAUAAGUUCCACAAUAACUGCUACAGGGACACUAUCAUAGUGACAUGCACAAACAGCGCCACCAGUAUAUUUGCUGGGUUUGUCAUCUUCUCUGUCAUUGGUUUUAUGGCACAUGAGUUAAAGGUGCCAAUAGAGAAGGUGGCUGAUGAAGGUCCAGGUAUAGCUUUCGUGGUGUAUCCAGAGGCUCUGACCAGACUUCCCCUGUCUCCUUUCUGGGCAAUCAUCUUUUUCCUUAUGCUCCUGACCCUUGGCCUGGAUACUAUGUUUGCCACCAUCGAGACCAUAGUCACCUCUGUGUCAGAUGAGUACCCCAAAUACCUGAGGAAACACAAGCCGAUCUUCACCCUGGUCUGCUGCGUCUCUUUCUUCAUCCUGGGAUUUCCCAUGAUCACAGAGAGUGGGAUGUACAUGCUCCAGUUGGUGGACACGUUUGCGGCCUCCUAUUCUUUGGUCAUCAUUGCUAUCUUUGAGCUGGUGGGGAUUUCGUACCUCUAUGGCCUACAGAGGUUUUGUGAGGACAUUGAAAUGAUGAUUGGUUUCCAGCCAAACCGAUUCUGGAGACUGUGCUGGGCCUUUGUGACUCCAACCAUUCUGACGGGCAUCCUGGGGCUGAGUCUCUACCAGUGGAAGGUGAUGACAUAUGAGGACUACACCUACCCCACCUGGUCCAUGGUUAUGGGCUGGCUCAUGGUCAUCUGCUCUGUAAUCUGGAUCCCCAUCAUGUUCGUCAUUAAGAUGCACCUGGCCCCCGGCACCAUCAUCGAGCGCCUGAAGCUGGUCUGCUCCCCUCAGCCUGACUGGGGUCCUUUCCUGAUGAAGCACCGUGGAGAACGCUACCAGAACAUGAUCGACCCACUGGGAACCAGCUCCCUGGGCCUCAAGCUGCCCCCCAAGGACUUCCAGCUUGGUUCUUACCAGUAG